UUUUUUUAAAAAAAAAGUCUGAAUUUUAAUAACAAUUGUCCUUUUUUUUUUUUAAAUAAAAUAAAAAAAUAGAGUUUUUGACCCCUUCCUUUAUAUUUACUUUAUUUGCUUACAGUUAAUCAUGUCACUUCGAUCAAUUAUCCGUCCUCUGAAUUUAUUAAGUAGAAAACAAACAUCAAGAAUUACUAUACUUUUUGUUUUGGUUUUCAACGCUCAGUUACCUCGAAUCAAAAUAUUACUAGUUACAAAAUACUUAGGAUUCCUUUUUUCUUUUUACUAGAUGAUUCGAAAAAAAUAAAAAAUGAUGACAUGCAAGGUUAUGCUUAUGGAGCUCAUCAUUGGAACAUGGAACGUGCAUCAGCUAUUACAUUAAUACCUCUCAUAACUACUCAAUUUGUUUAUGGUGCACAUCCCAUCGUAGACGGACUAAUGGGAGUUGUUUUACCUUAUCACGUAUAUAUGGGAUUUGAUUCUUGUAUUACAGAUUAUAUUCCAAGACGUAAUUACCCUCGACUUCACCAAGUGGCUAAUUGGACUCUGAUGGGAACAACAGGUUUAGUAAUGUGGGGUUUUUAUGAAUUUAAUACAAAUGACAUUGGGAUAACAGAGUUUUUGCAAAGAUUGUUUGCCGCUUAGAACAUAAAGUUAAUUAUUUCGAUCUGCUUUCUCAACACAUAUUUAUGCACAUUCAUACCAUUUACUUUAAAAAAAAACAAGUUGUUUAAGGUUCACAUAGAAUAAAUUUAAUGUAUAUACAAUAGUCUUUUGUGACGACUUUUGAGACAGAAAAAAAAAAC